AUGGCAGUGACACCACCGAGUCCGCCUGGGGAUCAAGAGCUGAACAGGAAUGCGCCAGACUCCCCAAGAGCUGGUCAAAGCAAUUCAGAGAACGCACACGGGGCUCAAGACAGUGAGGGAGAGCUUGUUGGCACCAUACAUAAUGAAACAUCCAGAGUCCGUUUCUCUGUCGAACUUCCGAGAUCUGGAGUCGAGGGCAAAGCGCAAAAAGAUCCGACUGUCUCGGCACAGAAGCCCGCAAGCGUUCUCAAGGCGCCUUCGUACGGUCGCAGUCGCGGAUACUCGCUCCGACGAUCGCUUUUUGCUCAGAACAUCCAAAGGCAGAAUGAAGACCAUGGAGCCUCUUUUGAGCUAGGCACCUCCGACUCUUCCCUCGAUUCGCGCAAAUCCAAAGAGUCUGGCCAUCUCCAGUACACCUCGAUCACAAUCCAGGAAACGGGGGAGGAAAGCCAGCUGGCGGCCAAAAGUCCAGCCCGUUUGUCGGACCCCAACCUCGACUUGCCACUGUACCGUCGCUGGCUAUCGAAACAGAGCUCGCGCGUAACGUUAUGGCAGAAGGCCCGGAAUACCUACCAGCAAGCCCGUGACAGGAUCGCAAAGGCCAACACAAUCCCGCCCUCUGUUGACGGCAGACAUGUGCGUGUUAGGGUUUUACAGCUAGAUUCGCCGCUUGAUGAACGCACAGGAAAACCCUACAUUGACAACCUUAUACGCUCAUGUCGAUACACUCCGUGGAACUUCGUCCCACGUCAACUCGUUGCACAGUUUGGAAAAUUGGCUAAUUUCUACUUUCUUUGCGUUUCCAUACUCCAAAUGAUACCAGGUCUCAGUACAACUGGUACGUACACAACUAUAGUACCUCUCCUGAUCUUCGUUGCGAUUUCCAUGGCGAAGGAAGGUUACGACGACGUUCGCCGGCAUCGGCUGGACAAAGAGGAAAAUGAACGCUUGACGAAAGUGCUACACAUGGGCAAUUUCUCUCAAGAGGAUGGCUUUCAAGCCGGGGCACUAGAGUGGCAUGAAAAAAGGUGGCAUCAGGUCCAAGUGGGGGAUAUUGUGCUGCUCACUAGAGAUUGCCCUGUGCCCGCUGACAUGGUCCUCCUUCACGCCAAUGAAUCCUCUGGUACAGCUUACGUUGAAACAAAGAGCCUUGACGGGGAGACGAACCUGAAGUCAAAAAAACCGCUCGCCGACAUAAGUGAAGCAUGUCAAGAUACCGAUGGAAUUGCGAAUCUCAGUGCCGAGUUCGUUGUGGAAGACCCUAAUCUCGAUCUUUACAAAUUUGAUGGCAGGGUGGACAUGAACGGGCGCUCGUUCCCUCUUACCAACAACGAGGUGCUUUAUCGUGGGAGCGUUCUGCGCAACACUUCGUCCGCUACAGGCAUAGUCAUUUAUUCGGGGGAGGAGUGCAAGAUUCGGAUGAACGCGACCAAGAACCCGAGGGUCAAAGCCCCGGCUCUGCAAGCCAAAGUGAACAGAGUGGUCGUUAUCGUCGCUGCGCUUGUCAUCUUCAUGGCGAUCAUUUUGACGGUGGCUUAUACAAUUUGGCAGAAAACCACUGAAGAGGAUUCCUGGUACCUCCAAUCUGCCAAAGUCCCUUUUGGACACAUCUUGACCUCCUUCAUCAUCAUGUUGAACACCAUGCUACCUCUCAGUUUGUAUGUGUCUCUCGAGAUUGUGAAAGUGGCUCAGAUGUUCCUGAUGAACGACAUCGACAUGUACGACCCAGAGACUGAUACUCCGAUGGAAGCCCAUACAUCCACCAUCAACGAAGAGCUAGGCCAAGUCAGCUAUAUCUUCUCCGACAAAACUGGAACCUUGACAAACAACUCCAUGAAAUUCCGCAAAAUGACCAUUGCUGGCACUGCUUGGCUACAUGACCUUGACCUCCACGAGGACGCAGUAGGUGAUGGAGGUCGAGAGAAGUUGAGACAUAAAAAGCGUGGCGGAAAAGGGAAGGAGAUCUCAGGACGGAAGAGCAAGCAAUCCCAUGCCAAAAGUACCCGCAAAUCCGCUGCAUCAGCUACCGUGGAAAAGGAGGCCUUGUCCGCUGAAGUCGAGGAUCGAAGUGAAAGUUUGCCCUGGAAGGCUUCGAGUGGUCUCGACAUGUCCAUGGAAACUGGCAACACACAAGAUCUGCUGGAUUACAUUCAUCACCGACCUCAGACUGUUUUUGCACGGAAAACAAGAUUCUUCCUGCUCUCAUUGGCACUUUGCCAUACGUGUAUACCUGAAAAGAAUGAUGCAGGCGACAUUACAUUCCAAGCAGCAUCGCCUGAUGAACUUGCACUGGUUACUGCGGCACAAGAUCUGGGGUACAUUGUGACGAAUCGUGACUCACAUACAGUCACCAUCAAAACCUACCCGGACAAUGACGAAGACCCCAUCUAUGAGACCUACGAGGUACUGGAUGUUAUUGAGUUUUCUAGUACAAGGAAACGGAUGUCAGUGGUUGUACGGUUUCCUGACCAAAGGAUAUGCCUUAUAAGCAAAGGCGCUGACAGUACGCUGCGAAAACUCCUUCGUCUUGCUGAUCUGGCAAGUUCGAGCGUACAAGCUGCAGAGGGGCGAGCAACACAAAGGAAGAGUGUCGAGGCUCAGGAGGCCCUUCGACGAAAGAGCGUUGCAUUAAGCCAUAGGUCAAACUCUGUACAUGUUGCUGAUAGCUCACCCCGAGUUAGCGGCCUUACCAUCGACAAGUCUCGCACAGCCCGAGAGAGCAUCGACCAAUGGUUGAAGGAGCGAGAAGCUGACCCAGGCAUCUCACGGCCUCGCCGAAGCUCACAGUUUUAUUCGCCGCGGCCUUCAGUACAGUUUGGCUCUCGCGCAUCCGAAACCUUUGGCAGCAGAGCACAGUUUUCCUCACAGAUAAGCCCACGGCCCUCGAUGCAAGUUGAGGGUGUCGAGGAGCUCGUGGAAGAAAGCUUGGUCAUCAACGAAAAAGCGGUCUUUGAGCGUUGCUUUCAGCAUAUCGAUGAUUUCGCCACGGAAGGCCUACGAACAUUACUCUACGGCUUCCGCUUUUUGACAGAGGAUGAGUAUAGCACAUGGAGAGAGAUAUAUGAAUCUGCUAGUACAAGCAUAGUCGAUCGCCAAAGCAAGAUUGAACAGGCCGCAGAACUCUUGGAGACGAAAUUCGAACUUCUUGGCGCGACGGCAAUUGAAGACAAACUACAGAAUGGCGUUCCGGAUGCCAUUGACCGGUUUCGACGGGCAGGUAUCAAGCUGUGGAUGCUGACUGGCGAUAAGCGCGAGACCGCCAUCAAUAUCGGACAUUCGUGCAGAUUGAUCAAGGACUACUCAACCAUAGUGGUAUUGGACCACGAAGCGGGCGAUCUCCACAGCCGGAUGGCUAGCGGCUUCGCCGAAAUCGACGACGAGAAAACGGCACAUUCGGUGCUGGUGAUCGAUGGCCAGACUCUCACAAUUAUCGAGGCUGACCGAGCUUCAAUGGCGCUCUUCGCCGAUUUGGCCAUUCGCGCAGACUCUGUCAUCUGUUGUCGAGCCUCUCCCAGUCAGAAAGCCUCACUUGUCAAGACCAUUAGGACCAAAGUUAAGGGUUCGGUAACUCUUGCUAUUGGAGACGGUGCCAACGACAUCGCAAUGAUUCAGGAAGCGCAUCUCGGAAUCGGUAUUGCCGGCAAGGAAGGUUUGCAAGCUGCAAAGACAUCGGACUACUCUAUUGGACAGUUUCGUUUCCUGCUCAAGUUGGUUUUGGUACAUGGCAGGUGGAACUAUGUUCGCAUCUGCAAGUAUGUUCUUGGAACUUUCUGGAAGGAAAUGCUGUUCUACCUGGUGCAAGCAAUCUACCAGCGAUGGACCGGCUAUACCGGUACCAGUUUAUAUGAGCCUUGGAGUUUGUCCAUGUUCAAUACGCUCUUCACCAGUCUCCCUGUCAUCUUUAUGGGCGUGUUCGAGAAGGACCUCGCCGCUUCCACGCUUUUGGCAGUACCGGAGCUGUACAACAUUGGCCAGAGAGAUCGAGGCUUCAACGUCAAGCUAUACGUUUGGUGGGCAGGUCUCGCUGCGUGUGAGGCUGUCAUUGUCUACUUCAUCAUGUAUAGCAUAUAUGGGAUGGCGCUCUUUACGCGAGACCAAGGACUGUACGCAAUGGGUUCAAUCGCGUAUAGCGGAUGUGUGGUCAUAAUCUCACUCAAACUGCAGUGCAUCGAGUUACACAACAAGUCGGUGGCAGCAGCCAUCGCCAUCUUCCUGUCAGUCGGUGGUUGGUGGCUUUGGAAUCUCAUCCUUGGGGUAAUCUAUCCUCAAGAUGUGAUAUACAGUGUCAGACACGGAUUUCUGGAUCGCUUUGGUCGGAACCUCUUGUGGUGGUUGACGCUGUUGCUCGUCAUUCUGUGCGUUUGUCUCUUGGAACUCAUCAUCAAGACGAUCAAAGUGGCCGUUUGGCCUAGUGACGUCGACGUAUUCCAAGGAUUUGAACAGGAUCGAGAAGUCCGAAAGCGUUUCGAGGAAGCUGCAGCAGAUCUCCUGCAGCAAGGCUGGGAUCGAGGCACGAAAAAGUCCAGCCUGGAAUUGGCUCGAGAAGAAGCCGAACAAGCGGAUCGAGAAGCUCAAGUGCAAGCGCUGUUGGACCGACCACGUGAUAUGAACCGGAGGAAGCCCUUUGUCAGGGAAGUCUCAAGUACGAGUACGAUGCAGGUGGCAAAGAGUGGGCAGGUUCUGCCGAAAGGGGGAGGGGACGGAGGAGGGCAGGAGAUGGAAGAAGUCCCGCGCAAGUCGCUGGACGCUGGGGAACUCUUUACAAAAGGAUUUGGCGCUGUGCGCAGAGAGACGAUGCAAGAAUUACGAUAA